GUGACGUCAUAUCCGCCACAUAGCAGAGUGGGUGUUUUCGCGCACGAAGUAUAAUUGUGUAACUGCUGUCGUUUUUUCAAGAUUCAGAGCGUCUCACACAGGCUGCCAUGGCUAAUCAGGCAGUUGAAAUGAUCACCAAGGUGUUGGAGCAAACCGUUAGGGUGGCAGAAGAGCAGGUGGAUGCUCAGUUGAGCAGACUGAAUGAAAUUGAUGAAGAUGAGUUGGAGAGACUCAAGGAGAGGCGGUUAGAGGCGCUUAAAAAAGCUCAGAAACAGAAACAGGAGUGGCUAUCCAAGGGCCAUGGGGAGUAUAGAGAAAUCCCCAGUGAGAAAGACUUUUUUGGUGAAGUGAAAGAGACCAAGAAUGUUGUCUGCCACUUCUACAGAAAUUCAACCUUCAGGUGUAAAAUACUGGACAAACACCUGGCCAUCCUGGCUAAAAAGCACAUUGAGACCAAAUUCAUUAAACUGGAUGCAGAAAAGGCCCCAUUUCUGUCAGAAAGGCUUCGCAUCAAAGUUAUCCCAACACUGGCUUUGCUUAUAGAUGGAAAGACAAAGGACUACAUAGUAGGAUUCACCGAUCUGGGCAACACGGAUGAGUUUGCGACAGAGGUGCUUGAAUGGAGACUCGGAUGUGCAGAAGUUAUUAACUACAGUGGUAACCUGAUGGAGCCUCCUACAACGACAAAAAAAUCUUCAAAAUUCACAAAAGUGGAAAAGAAAACCAUCAGAGGGAGAGCCGACGACACCGACUCAGAUUCUGAAGAUGACUGAAGACAAGUGGUUGGUUUUCUCUCUCUGGGCUACCUCCCAAAUAAUUCUACAAAAGCAACUUCUUUUUUUUUUUUUUUUGAAUGACUUAGUCAACACAUUUGUUUUUUUUAAUCAAAUUAAUAUUGUCAAAGCAUUUAGCGGACUUGCUUAUUUAUGGAUGCAUCUUUUUAGCAUGUAUCUUGAGAAUUCAUUUGAAGUGACUUAAACGUGCACCAGCUGAGACUAUGUGUUGUUUUUCAUGAACUUCCAGAUUGAUUUGAAAUCCGAGGCAGGUUCACUUGAGUACGUUACCUUUUAAACUGUGUUGCUCUUAUGUUAGAACAGUCAGCGACGCAUAUGUGCC